AUGGCAGACCUCGUCGAAUCAGUCCUGGCCGCCGACGCCAACGCCCAGCAUGCCGAAAAGCCGGGUCCAGCUAUCCCGGACGGGGGAAACAAGUUCCAACAUGCCAUCUCAGCCUGGAGAACCAUUGACUACACAAGCCUCAUUUCGAAGCUCGACAAUACCGCCUCCGAGAUUGUCGCAUACCAGAGGGAUUCGACCGUCCAGCGAAAGGAGCUAGCACAGAAGACCAAGGACUUUAGAAAGCUUGAUGAUGCCACGAAACUGUCCGAGAUCAAGGGCCUCUUGAAGGCCUACCAAACCUUCAUCGACCUCCUGACGAACCACUCCAAGUCGAUCAACUCCGCCUUCCUGCAAGCCUACACGUCUCUAUCCGAUGCCCCCGACCCGUACCCCCUGCUCGAGGCGUCCGUCGACUCCAUGCUCGUCUCCGAAGACACACUGCCGAAGCUCACCGAAGAGAACCAGCACCUGCAAAAGUCCGUGGCCAAGCUGACGACACAGCUAGAGGAGACGGAGUCGAAGCUGCAAACCGAGUCCGCGGCGAAGAAGGAGCUCGAAAGCAACCUGGAGAGCAGGGUCAAGGAGGUUGAGGCUUCCUGGGUUGCUGUUCUCGAUGAGAAGAAGGACAACUGGGCGUCCAAGGAGAAGACGCUGGAGGAGAAGGUCGAGAACCAGGAACGCCUGCUCAACGAGAUCAAGGCGAGCUACGAGGUCAACCAGCGACUGGGCAAGACGGACGACGGCGACCAAGAGGGACAGACCCACGUCACCAGCGCCGAGAUUGAGAUGCUGCACUCUGACUUGGACCGGACGAGCGCGCGCCUGGCAGAGAUCGAGGCGCGAAACGAGCAGCUGCGGCUGGAGCUCGCACAAGCAAAGUCGUCCAUGCCAUCGCAAGCCCCUGUGGCUUUGGAGGACGACCCAGGAUACAUGCGCAUGCGGUCCGAGAACUCGUCGCUCAUCCGGAAGCUCGACGCGGCCCGGGUCGAGAAGGAGGGACUCAAGCGUGACCUUGACAGCAGACUGCGUGGCCUGGAGAGGGAGGUUGGUUUGCUCAAGGAGGAGCGCGACAACCUCAAGGCCAAGGUGCAGAAAUGGAGCGACUACGACGACGUGAAGCAAGAGCUCGAAGUGCUCAAAAGCAUCGAGUUCUCCACGGGCGAUGAUGACGAUGUGCGAGAGGCCACCGAGACUGCCGCCGAGGCCAAGAGCCAAGGCGACACGCUCGAGAAGCUGCUUCUGGCGCGUAACAAGAAGCUUGGCGACGAACUCACCAUUCUACGCGUUUCCCACCAGGACCUCCAGACAAAGUUGUCCGAGCUGCAGGAGGAGAUGUCCAGGACAAACAUGGACCUGGAAAAGUCGCAGCAGUUGAACGAGCGGCUCGAGAACGACCUGGCGACGCUGCAGUCGGAGUCCUCAAAUGCCUUCCCGUCAGGCGCGUCCGUAGCCGGCACCUUCAACCGGUACGCACCGUCCGUCGCGCCGGGGCGAAGGCCUGUCGGAGGAAGGGUGUCGCCCACGUCGUCAAUCAUCAGCGGCAUCAACCCUCGCACGGUUGGCGAGGAGCCGAUGGGCGGUGGCUCAGGUAUCCUGCCGAUGAUCACGGCGCAGCGCGACCGAUUCAAGAAGAGGAUCGCUCAACUAGAGGGGGAGCUAUCUGAGAGCCACCGCACCAUCUCGCAACUGCGACAGGAGGUGUCGGCCCUCCAGAAGGAUAAUCUCAAUCUGUAUGAGAAGACGAGAUACGUGUCGACGUACAACCGCGCCGGCCCGUCAGCGUCGUCGUCCUCGGCGGCAUACUCCUCAAAUCCCAACCCGUCGACGGUAUCGAUCGGCGGGACCGGAAACCCAGGCAUCACGAUGGACAGGUACCGCAAGGCGUACGAAUCAAACAUCUCGCCGUUUGCCGCCUUCCGAGGGCGCGAGUCGGCCAGGGCCUACAAGCGAAUGAGCUUCCCGGAGCGCGUGGUGUACUCGGUGACGCGGAUGGUCUUGGCCUCGCGGACGAGCAGAAAUCUAUUUGCGGCGUACUGUGUCGCAUUGCACCUCCUCGUCUUUUGUUCUCUAUACUGGCUCGGCACGGUCGACGUGGAGAAACACGCCAGCAACCUUGGCAAGUCGGCAGCAGCAGCCGCCGCAGCGGGCGCCGGCGGCGUCCAUGGGGCCGGCGACGGUCACGGCGACUGGCACGAAGAAGGGUUCAACGGGCACUAG